CUUGGUAUUCCCACUAGCACUGUCAACAAUACUAUAAAAAGAUACAAAAAAACAGGUUCUGCAAUACCUGAGAAGCGUCCUAGUCGUCCUAAAAUACUUAAUCAAUGUAAUAAACAGACCCUACAACGUAUCGUUCGAAAUAAUCAGUUUGCUCUUCUUAGUGAUAUAACAAGCAGAUUAAACUCUAGUAAUGAUACCACAUUGCAUAAUAAUACUGUUAGAAAAUACCUUCAUGAUGAAGGCCUUGGUAGUUAUGUCGCUCUUAAAAAAUCCCUUUUAACCCAAAAACA